AUGGCGCCUGCCAAUGACGCCACGUUCCUCCGGCGUAACAAUCAGGUCCAAGAUGCCAUUGACGGGCAGAAUUUUAAGCAAGCUCUAACCCUGAUCGAGAAGCGCGUGAAGAAAGGCGAGGAUACGCGCUUUUUGAAGGCAAGUCAUUCCCCCCGUGUUACCUUUGCAUGGAAGGCCAACAUUUACACCCUCAUGGCGGACGAGGCCCAUCGCGAGCGCGGCAGGAAGGAGACACUUGAUAUUUGCAAAGCUGAACCACCUACAAUCGACCUCGAUACCCUCGAUUUGCUAUUCAGGACUUUGAAUAAGAUGGAAGGGCAUGCAGAGACCAAGAGCUUGCUGUGGGAGAGGGCCGUGAAGGCAAAGCCUCAGGACGAAGAACUUCAGAUGAGGUGGUUUACAUUUGCCUAUGAGGAUGAAGACUGGAAGUCAGCGCAAAAGGCCUCUAUGAGUCUCCAAAAGAACUUCCCUCGGGAGCGGAAAUACUACUUCUGGGCUAUCUUUUGCACAUAUCUGCUAUCAGUUGAUCCCAGAAGCUCGGAAAUGGAGUGUAAGCUGUUUGGAACCCUGGCCUACCGUAUGGUCUCUAAAGCAGUAGAGGAUGUCCCCACUGACUCCGCCAAAUCCUCAACUCCGCCGCGAGCUAUUCAAAAUUCAGAGGAAUUGCUACUUCUCAUCAAGAUUUUUGAGUCUCAAGGGCGGUCCGCUGAGAUUGUGAAGAUUCUAAACAGUCAGAACGUUGGUAUCAGCUCUCCAAUCUGCCAAAAUGACGCGCAUUUCAAAUCCCUCAUGGCGCAUCACCUGGGUGCGGCCAACCUGUGGGAAGAAGCUAUUACCUUCGUGAAGGAGGACUACAAAAUCGAUGAGAAUGGGCGCAAGGAUCCCGAGGAUAAUUUCGUCAUUUGGGAACUUCUUAUCAAAGCCGUGAAACAUUAUGACACUCCUGGGGCCGGUGCUGAUGCUCGAAAAUUCGUUGAAAGCCAUAUUGACUUUGACUCAAAAUCACGUAACGCAGGUUUGGCUCGCCUUGACUUGAUAUCUGUCGCUAUUGAAAAGGGCGAAAUGACUAUGCAGGACGAUUUGGUGCCUGCUUGUCAGCAGUACAUUGAGCAACACAAACAUAAACUCUACAUGUUUAACGAUCUCCGAAGAGUUCUUCAUGGCGACAAGAACGCCAUGGCAGCCUCGUUGCAAUUUCUGUCUAAGAAUUUGGGCGAGGGCGAGAAGGCUCUCGUUCCUACCAUUAAUGCCCUCAAACUGGAUUUCUGUCUGAACAUUUCAGCAGUAGAGAAGCCCUCGAAGCAAAGUAUCGACGAUUUCGUCGUGCGUUGCAUGAAUCUCUAUGAAUCCCAUGCUGGCGAAAAGCGGGUUGAGAAGACUGAACCGACCGACGGCGGGAAGCCCGCUAUCAUUGAAAGUCAGCCCAGAGAUGAGCUAUGCAUUCUUGCCGCCAUGGCCAUCGGACAUGAAAGUAAAGAGGAGCCAAUUAAUGAUCACCUUGCUUGCCUUCGUGCAACUGUGGUCCUAGAGCGUCUUCUUAUUGAUUCACCUCAUAACUAUCAAGCUCUCUUGAUGAUUAUGCGCUUUUAUCUCCUCUUUGGAGCGGGUUCUCUCGCGCUGGGGGCCUUCAAUAAGCUGUCCGUUAAGCAGAUGCAGUAUGAAUCUGUGGCCCACAAUUUCUUCACACGUCUCGCUACUAUCCACCCUCACUCAACUCCCCCUGUUGAAGGUCUUGAGCGCAAGGAGUUUGAUCCUCAAGCGGCCUUGAUUCAAGGCCUCAAUUUCUACCGCAAUGCUGAUCUAACCACCAUGAGAUACCGAAGUCGUGGUCUGGAUGAAGGAAGUUACAUCAAUGUUGCAGAACUUAUCGAGCUGCGGAAGCGUCUGAGCACCAGUAUCUGUCGCCGGAUGUACGCUUUGGAUGCUCGCCGAGCACAGAGAUUAGUUGGCGGCGACCCUCUGGUUCGCUUUGAUGAGAUUGCCCGAAGUACUGCUCCUACAGUAGAUCAGCGAGUUUACGAUGCAUUCAUGAACUGCGAAUUCCCAGGCGAAGACGAUUUCGAAACGUUUAUUCGCCUAGGUCCCUUGCCAAAGGAGAACUGGAUUGCCACAGCCAGGAUUACAGACCGGCUUUUCGGGGUGUUGAAGGAUAUCGCCAUCCAGAGGCCAUUAACCCCAGAAACGGAUCUCCCUGACCUCAGUGCCCUCACUCUUUCUGAGGCUAUCGAUCUCACCGAGGACGAACAAGAGAAUAGAAAGAUUCAUUCUGAGCUACUCAAGGUGGCGACUUUUAUGGCUGGGUCCAAGAAUACCACUGCCGAGCAGGUCGACAAGGCGCUCGCCGGGGUAGAGCAAUGGUUGAGCCAGAUGAAGGCCCAAUUUUUAUUGGACGACUCCAAAAUCUCACCUUUCUCCGCUGGUAGGGUGAUUUAUCUCCGCGAUAAAACCCCAGUGGCCCCAGUUUGGGGAUACUUCCAUGGCAUCUUCACCCUUCUCGAGACUCUAAAGGCCCUAUCAUUGCUGGUUGCCUCCGCUUCUCGCAAGGGUUCAAAGACUACCAAGCUGCCCAAAGAGCGCGUAGACAAUCUGGCCGCUCUGGUUCCUGAACUAUUCGAACUUAUUCGCUCUAACACCCGUGCUAUGAAGCAGCGUCUCUCCGCCCCCGGGCUGCUGACCACACUGAUGGACAUUACAGUUCAGGGACAUCAGGACGCCCCUCAUACUCCAGAGCUCCAGGAUGUAUUUGAGUCAGUUCUGGGUGAGGCUGAGCUUGAAUUAUCCUGUGCAUCUUUGAUGGAAAGCUGGGAAGAAGCCCUGGAUGGUGUGCUGAGUGUGAAGCUGUGA